CGAUCACUAAUACCGCCACCAAUUCUUUCUAAUAUAUAUUUUGGUCUUAACGAAGUAACAAAACAUCUCGAACGAAUGACAAAUCCACAAAUUCGUUCAAGAUUUAACCAUAAAAAUCAUUUAUCUAAUGAUAAUUUGGUAUCUACUAAUCCUGAUGAUCAACGUCAAACCACUUUAAGUGGUAUUUUUCAUACACAAGAACAAUAUCAUCCUUCAUUAGAAAUGAUUUUUAUAUGUAAGGCAGAUCUUCCUCCACAAUUUUAUUCUCAUUUUCCAACAAUUUGUUGUAUAGCUGGUGGUGUUUUACUUGUUCCAUUACCAUUAGGAGCUUCAAAAAGAAUUUCUGAAGCAGUGAAUUUUAAGAGAGUUUCAUGCAUUGGUGUAAAGGCAAAUUCAUUAGAAUUCAUAAGAAUUUAUAAAAUGGUUAGGGAUAAAGUUAAACCCAUAGAUGUAUCUUGGUUAAAUCCACUUAAACCAUCAGAAAAUUU